AUGCCUGAGAUAGAGCCACCACCCUUUGAAACCUCUGUGCAGGUGCUUGCUUGGGACCCAAAGAUUUUGGUGACCUCUAGACAUUAUGGCAAGAGUGUUAUGGAGGCUGCUGUGCAGGAGAUGGUGGACAAGGGGCUUGCAGGCCUGGGGACAGUCCUCCUCUCAGUCACCAUCCUCCUGCUGGGCUGCCAGGACCUCAGCCUUCAGCACAUCCAAUUCUCCUGCUGCCAGGUCACCACCCAGCUGGCAGUGGAGAUGAGGGGGACCUUUAUGGUCCCCUUCCAGGAGUCCCUCAACUACAUCUACUACUCAGCAGGGGAGAGAGUACAACAGUGGCUGCAGAGAAAUGGACCUAUGAACAUUAAUCACUAUGCCAAUAAGAAGAGUGCUGCAGAAAGCAUGCUGGAUAUUGCUCUGCUGAUGGCCAAUGCAUCCCAGUUAAAAGCAGUGAUGGAACAAGGACCCUCUUUCUCAUUCUACGUCCCACUCAUUGUUCUCAUCAGCAUGUCACUUGUACUUCAAGUUGCAGUGGGCGUGCUCCUGAUAUUUCUUGUAAAAUAUGACCUUAACAACCCUGCAAAACACAACAAGCUGGAUGCUCUCAAUAACGUUGCAACUGGACUGGUGUUCAUUAUAGUAGUUGUGAAUAUUUUUAUCACUGCGUUUGGAGUACAGAAGCCUGCAACAGAGACAUCCUCAAAACAGUAGGUGACAGAAAGAAAUCUGAACUGCUGACCUCUCAGCAGAUACCCUUCUGCAUUUAUCUUGGACCCAAAGAAAAUAAUCUGAAGAAGUGAAGUUAUUCAAGCUAGCCUCUUUAUUAGUUUCCUUCAUUUGACUUUUUUCUGUGCCUGAAAUUUUUAUCUUUUAAAUGUUUAAGGUGUUUAGUUUCUGUUGAAAGCAUCAAAUAUUACAAAUCUUAGCACAUUGAUGCACUCUAAGAUUAAGGCAGCUACGUUUCUGCAGAAACUGGUAGUUCUUCAAAGAAAUAUGCAGCAUAAUGUAUUUCAGGGAAUGAAGUGAUGGCAUCCACUUCAGAGACAUCUCAGGACUCUUCACUUUCUAUGCCUUCUGUUUUCCUGGUGGGCAAGAAGUUGCCCAACAUAAUUGUUAAUUGUUGUCUACUCUGGCAACACGUUCCAAACUUUCUGGACCAGCGGACUGCUUUCAGCCCUCAGAAUAUUUUGUGGACUACCGUAUACCCAUGUCAUUAAGGUUUUAAGUGAAAAAGCAGGGAAAGGGUAUAAUUCCUGAACCACUUGCUGUGGCCUCAAGGGAAUAACUAAACUAUCAAAAAUAAGGGCUUCAGUUUUUGGCAUAAUCACAUUGCCUAUACCUCACUUCACUGGGAUCUAGAUAUUUGUAAUUCACACUGCAGUUAUCUUUAUUCUGAAUCAAGAGGCCACAUCUUAUUGCCCCUUUGUCAGCUAAUUGGAAACUGCUGCCUCUAAGUUAAAAGGAGAGACUAUUAGGAAUAAAAGAUCAACUACAAUGUUCAGUUGUCCAGUUUCCCUUACAAACAGUCAUUUGCCCAACUUCUGUCUCUAGAUCAUAGUCAGUACUUGACAAUCUGAGUGAGUCUCCUUCCCUGUCAUGCAACCACAGAAACAGCCCUUUUGCCUAGUUUCUCACCCACAUCAUACUCUAGUCUGUAAAAUAUAUUAUGUAUCAUUCUAGCCUAUUAUGAAAAGUCUGUUAACAUGCUACUAUACCUAGGCCCAGCUGAGUAACUUAAGAAUAGAAGGUGAAAUUCAUCCAUGCACGGAGGGAUUUUUCAGGGCACAUAUGCAAUUUAAUGUUGCAUAUUAACCCUGAAAAAUAGUGUGCAUUAACUGAAUUUUGCUUGACAGCUUUUUCUGCAUGCUCUUGCUUUUGUGAGUAUGUGACUAAUUUGAGUCCAAAAUAGAUUUAAGACGGGGGAGGGGGGGAAAAAAAGAAGAUCUUUAUGGCUCAUGUAACCUGCUGGCACGGGAAGUAAUUUUUCCUGAGUACACACUGCUGCUGGCAGUGAUGUGUAUUGUAGAUACUACCACUAACAAAAGCAUUUUAAUCCUUUUAUUUCUAAUUUAUAGUACCUGUGAGCAGAAGUUUAGUUUUCUUGUGUUAACUUCCUUGUAGAUAUAAAUGUGGAUUAAUAUAUCUCCUUUGUCAUCACUUUGUUUUAAAAUCUCUCUUCUUGUAGCACUAUACAUAAAA